AAAACUGACGGACGGUGAGGAAAUGGGAGUACUGUUCACCCUCUACCGCUAGAGGGCGGAAAAGGACACGUUGUAUUCGUCGGGGGCCGCCUCCUGGCAGAGGAGAGGAGGGCCAUUAUGUUUGCUUCCCCAUCUCUUUGUAGAUUGAGUCAGAAAACCACGCUGCUUUAACACACGCUUUCACACUCCUCGUGUCUGAGUCCCGCCUGAGAGUCAGUCGGAGUCCGUCCCGGAUCGCGGCGGACAGACAGCGGAGAGGCGGCAGCUUUUCGGAAGAAGAAGAAAGAGGAAGCAACUGAAGAUGUCAUCGGUGAAGAAGAGAAACUCCAACUCCUCCGGAGGCCGGGAAGAGGACCGGCAGGUGACCGAGAGGAUGCUGUCCGCCGGCUCCAGUCCAGCUGGAACCCCGGGGAGCGACGCCCGGAGCCCCAGCAGCCUCCUGCCGGCGGACGCAGCGGAGGACGGGGUCGCCCUGAAGCGGACCAUCACCCUGAUGAACGGCGUGGCCAUCAUCGUGGGUACAAUCAUCGGCUCGGGAAUCUUCGUGACGCCGACCGGCGUGUUUCGGGAAGCGGGCUCGGUGGGUCUGUCCCUGAUCGUGUGGGCGGUGUGCGGGGUGUUCUCCACGGUGGGAGCUCUGUGCUACGCGGAGCUGGGAACCACCAUCAGCAAGUCCGGGGGGGACUACGCGUACAUCCUGGAGGUGUACGGCUCCCUGCUGGCGUUCCUCAAGCUUUGGAUCGAGCUGCUCAUCAUCCGGCCCUCCUCCCAGUACAUCGUUGCCUACGUGUUCGCGACAUACCUGCUGAAGCCCAUCUUCCCGGUGUGCCCGGUACCGGAGCAAGGGGCCAAGCUGGUGGCCUGCCUCUGCAUCCUCUUGCUGACGUUCGUGAACUGCUACAGCGUGAAAGCGGCCACCAGGGUGCAGGACUUCUUCGCCGCCGCCAAGCUCCUGGCGCUCGCCCUCAUCAUCAUCAUCGGCUUCGUCAAGAUCGGCCAAGGUGGAACAGACGAACUUCUUCCUGAAAACUCUUUUAAAGGAUCCAGUUAUGAGUUCGGUAACAUCGGCUUGGCGCUCUACAGCGGACUCUUUGCCUACGGUGGCUGGAACUACUUGAACUUUGUCACUGAAGAAAUGAUCGAGCCUUACAAAAACCUUCCUCGAGCCAUCAUCAUCUCUCUGCCCAUCGUCACCAUUGUGUACGUUCUCACCAACCUGGCCUACUUCACCACCAUCUCUCCUGAAGACAUGCUCAGCUCGGAGGCUGUCGCUGUGGACUUUGGGAACUACCACCUGGGCCCCAUGGCGUGGAUCAUCCCCGUGUUUGUGGGUCUGUCGUGUUUCGGUUCUGUCAACGGUUCGCUCUUCACAUCAUCCAGGUUAUUCUUUGUGGGGUCGCGGGAGGGUCACCUGCCCAGCCUGCUGUCCAUGAUCCAUCCCACGCUGCUGACGCCGCUGCCCUCACUCAUAUUCACGUGUUUGAUGACGCUGCUCUACGCUUUCUCCAACGACAUCUUCUCCGUCAUCAACUUCUUCAGCUUCUUCAACUGGCUCUGCAUCGCCAUGGCGAUCGUGGGAAUGAUGUGGCUCCGCUACAAGAAGCCAGAGCUGGAGCGGCCGAUUAAGGUGAACAUCCUGCUGCCGGUGAGCUUCGUCCUCGCCUGCCUCUUCCUCAUCAUCGUGUCUUUCUGGAAGACGCCGAAGGAGUGCGCCAUCGGCUUCGGCAUCAUCGCCACCGGACUGCCCGUCUACUUCGUCGGCGUUUGCUGGAAGAACAAACCCAGGUGGAUGACGCGCGGCAUCUUCACGACCACCGCCUGGUGUCAGAAGGUCAUGGAGGUCGUCCCUCAGGAGUAAUGAAAGACCAUCUGCCUUUUUUUUUUUAAAUUCUGUUUUUUAUUUGGCCUCUGAUGUCACAGAAGAUGAAGUUUGACGACGUUUCUCUAACCCUGCUCUGUCUCAGACUAAUACACACACACACACACACACACACACACACACACACACACACACACACACACACACACACACAACCAUGUUGUGCAGACUGCUGAUCAGGACCAAGUCUUCAUCGUUGUCUUGUUUUUAUGUUACCAUGGAGAUUCAGACGUUGUUGUUUUUACUGCAGUUAUGAAGUUUGUAUUUUUUUAGCUGUUAUUUAAAUGUUUUUUCGGAGCCUGGUGUUGAGUCUGGGUCGCCGCGGCGCUCCUGACCUCUCCUGACCUCUCCUGACCUCUCCUGACCUCUCCUGAUCUCUCAUGGUGCAUCUGAGGCCUAACAGAGGCGGUUUCGGUUGGUUUCUGUUUUGUGGGUAAUUUCAUUUUUUACAUCUGAAGGAUUCAGGUGUUUUCCGUUCAAAGCCCGCGUCUCAUUUGGUUUGUGAGCUGUGAGGUCACCAGGGGUCACAUAAGAGGCGCCGCUUCAGGCCGUGUAAGUUCAACAUUCAGUGUUAUCAGGCCGGAGCGGAGCCGGUUUAUGUGUAAGAUAAAAUCUUUAGCAUUUUUUUCUCAAACUGACAAACAUUUUUUUAUGAGUUUGUUCUGUUUUUGUUGUUUUUGGUAAAAAAAAAAAAAAAAAGGCCUUUGCGCACCACGUCUGUGUUUGGUGUUCAAUAUGAACAUUUUUCGUUCUGUACAAGCAUUGAUAUAUGUGACGGUUUCCUUCCAAGCAGUCGGACCUUAAAGCUGCAGUACGUAACUUUU